CCCCACUCGAAGCCGAAGCGGUUGCGAAGCGCAGGAACCGAAGCGUAAUCCAUCGAGAGAAAUCCGGCAGAUCGCCGCCGCCCUCUGGUAGAAAAGCAGAAUCCAUCGCCUUCCGCCCCCUUCGCUUUCCUUCCGCAGUCAAUCCUAGUACUCCAGUCCGCGCCGCCCGCCGCCGGCAGAAUCCAUCUGCACCGGAGCGCGCCGGUCGCUUUCGCUCGCCACUAACCGCGCCCACCACGACGGCGUCGGUCAUUGGCGAGGAGGAGAAAACCCCAGCACGGCCGCUCCCCUCCGGUUUCAUCGGCACCUCCGGCCUCCGGGUUCACGCGCGAUCCAUCCCAAGUCGUAUCUUGGUGUGCUCCUUUUUGUCUGUCGGCUGAACUCAACAGAACAGCGCCGUGCUGCGUCACUUUUGUUCUUUCUGCACUUGCUGUGGUCCACUUGGGUAACGUACAUUAGUUAAAUUCCCGCCCUCGUUUCAUUCGCCUUUCUUCUAAGGCGAUAUUCUUCCUCUCUUCGGUUAAACACCGGCAAUAUUCUGAUUCGUUCCUUUGUAAUGUGCGGUUGAUUGCGUUCUAUAUAUUUGCGAGUCUCUAGCCUGUAUAAAGUAAUUAAUUGACACAAAGCAUAACCUCUGUCCAUCUUUGUAAUGUGCGGUUGAUUGCGCUCUAUAUACAUACGAGUCUCUAGUCUGUAUAACAACCAAUUUAUGUGCCGAUUGCAGCUGUUUCUCACUCAUUUCACCUGUGUGCGUGUGCAAGGUCCAUCGGAAUGAAGCGUGAGUGGCCUGCCCUGUCGUUUAGGCAGGAUGCUAUUGGCGACAUGGCAGGAGCGAUCUUCAUGUCCAACACCCUCACAAGGGAGCAAUGCUUCAAAGCGAGCAUUUUUGGCCUGCCGUUGGAAUAUGAACCCUUUGUCAGCAAUGUCAGAAAAGGGAUGCCUUUGUUUCUCUUUGACCAUACUCUGUGCAAGCUUUAUGGAGUCUUCGAGGCUGCCUCCGACGGAGGGCUCAAUAUUAACAAUGCUGCAUUUCGCUCAACACAGCGCUCGUAUCCGGCACAGGUUCGUAUCAAUAUUAUAUGGAAGUGCAGGCCACUAAGUGAAGAUGAGUUUUCCCCUGCCAUAGAAGACAACUACUAUCUGCCAAAGAAGUUCUACUUUGACCUUUCCUACGAGCAGGUUGUUCGGCUAUAUGAGUUGUUUGACAACAGGAGGGUACAGCUCCCAAUUCAUGAAUAUUCAAAAAAUGAGAGUUUGGAAACAAACCGCUCUAGCAAAAGGAGGCAGGACAAAGAAAGCAUGACUCCAGAUGUUCCUCAUUCUAUUGAUCAAUCACGCCUUUUGGUUCCCAACAUUUCAGAAGUUGUAAGAAGAUAUUCUACUGCUACAAGCAUGCACACAGAUUUACCACUUAGUGUUGAGACACACCCAAACAUGUCCAAGCCCCUGGGAACAGAAAUUGGAGCCCAAAUCGCUUCCGCCCACAGGCGCCAUGAUCAGAUUGAAUUCCAAUCUCAGAGUGAGCUUUUCCCAGCUGCUGUUAUGACAGAUGCUGUUUCAACUCAAGUAUCUGCACCUUGCUCUCAAACUUCUAGGCACUACCAGUUGGUUGCGAAGCAGCCAUAUCCAUCACCACAAGACUAUCAACAAAAUAUCUUACGUUCUGGAUGCACAACUCAGGACCCAACUGAAGGAGCUAAAUUUAUUGCAACUCAGACAUACCCAUUAUCUAGUGGUUAUUUGCACAGUGGCUCGUUAACUUCUGGAUAUGCAACUCCGAAUUCAACUUACAAUGGAAGGAGUCAUUUGAAUCCAUCUUUUGCUCCGUAUGACAGUUUAUAUCCUGGUUUGUCUCUGUCAAAUCUACAAAGUAACUCUGACUAUCAAGUUCAUUGCGACAUUUGCCUUAACCGAGGACGCUCCAGUGUACAUAAUAGCAGCAUAUAUGAAUGUGAGCGGCAGCGUUUCAGUGAAGGAGAAGCUCCAACACCGGCAAAACUGAGCCUACAAUGUAUUCCAACAUACACUAAAGUUCUUGAACGUGAUGGAAAAACAGUACCAGCCAUUGAUCAGAAAAGGAAUUGUGCUGAUUACAUUCAGAUCCCUUAUUAUGAUGUAGACAUUGAAAAUGAUCAGAUGAGAUAUGGUGGUCCCCGUAGUAAUGCUUCGUCAUCAGAUCUUGAAAAUGAUAUUGUUGAUCCACGGCAUACACAGCAUAAUACAAGAGCUGAAAGCAAGACAAAGAAUCGGUGUAGCCCUCCACAAAGAAGUGUUUUUUCUCGCUUAACACUGAACAAGCAACUAUCUUGCCAAGAGUCCACAGGUCCUACGCUCAACCAAUUGGUUUCUUCUCUUUCUCAGAAGACAGAACAGUGGAGCCACAAGAAUAAACCAAUUGCAGAUGGUCUUGUCAUACCGUUGAUCGGGGAGGAGGCUAUGGACCAUUCUCAUGAAGAGCUGAACCUGCCAAGUCAACUAGAGCUGGGAGAGGAAAGCAUGGAACCACAAGUUCCUUUCUACAACUUCAAGAGGCGAAGUGAAGCGGGGAAGGUGGAUGGAAACUUGGGAAAGGAAAUCAGUGGGAAAGUGAAGAGAAGAAAGCUUGUGUGCCCUUCCUUCGAAGAAAACAAUGCUUCUACAAAUGUUGGAGAAGAGCUUAAAGGAAAUUGUACAGAAGACAGGAAACAAAACCAUCUGGACGUUAGUGAAAACCAUUUUGGCAUUGACCUAAACAUACCCAUUCCAUCUGUAGAUAGUAAUCUUUUGGAGGAGGAUAACAGAAUGGCAGUGCGUCCUAGUGUUAUCAAGGUACUGCAUGAAAUAGAAGCAAACAAGCAGCUAAACUCAGAUGUGAUGGAGGCAACAAAAGAACAAGAUCCAUCCGGUGCAUCCACACAAAAGAUUUCAAUCGAUCUUAAUGUUGCUGAGUUGAAUUCAAUGGAUGAAUCGAAACUGCAAACAAUUCUUGAUCAGGCUUCCUUGUUGCUGCAAACACUUGGUAACCUCAAAAGUGGGAAGCCUAACAACACUGAAGGGGCUAGGUCAAGCGUUUCCAGUGAAGACAGGAAAGUAAACAUGGCGUAAACUCUGAUGCGGGACACCAAAUAUGAGUACAAUUUCUGGUGAACACAAAAAACGGGGGAGUCCAUCUUGAUUAGAAUAUCUGUGCUAGCACAAGAUGCAAGUUUAUACGGACAAUUAGUGCCCGUCAUACGUAGGGACGGUUUAUCUUUUCCAUGAUUACAUUUUGUAAUUUUGGGGGAAUGGCAUAUUUCUGGAAGGGUGACUGCUAUUACAAUAAACUACCACUUGUUGUAGAAACUUAGAACCUAACUUUGGCCAAAGAUGAUGACAUCUAAACCGUGGAAUCCAGUUAAUGUCUGAUGCAAGCAUCUCUUUUUUCUUUACC